CGGUGGCAACCCGCAUUUCGCGUGUUUGUGUAUAUCACGCGCCAAGUUUCUACAGCCCGAAAGCUGAACAUUCCGUCAACCGCUUUGUUUCUCGCUUCCCUCCACCACUGCCACUCACUCUGUCUCUGACCAACCACCACCCCCCUAUCGUUGCCGCCAUGACCCGUUUCUUGGAUGUGAUCAAGCCCCUGCUGGCCUUUGUGCCAGAGGUGCAGAAGCCCACAAAGGAGAUCCAGCCCAAGGACAAGCUUCUCUGGACCGCCGUCACCCUCUUCAUCUUCCUCGUCUGCUGCCAGAUCCCCCUCUUUGGCAUCAUGUCCUCCAGCAGCGCUGAUCCUUUGUACUGGAUGCGUGUCAUCCUCGCGUCCAACCGAGGUACUCUGAUGGAGCUCGGUAUUUCGCCCAUUGUGACGUCGAGCAUGAUCAUGCAGCUCCUCGCCGGCGCCAAGCUGAUUGACGUCAACCACAACAACCCGGACGACCAGGAGGUCUUCAACGGCGCGCAGAAGCUCUUUGGCAUCAUCAUGACCGUGGGUCAGGCGGUGGUGUACGUCCUCUCCGGCAUGUACGGCGAGCCCUCAAGCCUCGGCGCGGGCGUGUGCCUGCUCAUUGUCAUCCAGCUGGUCGUCGCCGGUAUCAUUGUGCUGCUGCUUGACGAGCUCCUGCAGAAGGGUUACGGCGUUGCCUCUGGCAUCUCCCUCUUCAUCGCCACCAACAUUUGCGAGACGAUCAUCUGGAAGGCGCUCAGCCCCACCACCAUCAACGCCGGCAACGGCACCGAGUUUGAGGGCGCCAUCAUUGCGCUCUUCCACCUCCUUGCCACCCGCUCCGACAAGGUGCGCGCCCUUCGCCAGGCCUUCUACCGCAGCCACCUGCCCAACCUCUCCAACCUCCUUGCCACCGUCCUCGUCUUCUGCGUCGUCAUCUACUUCCAAGGCUUCAAGGUCAUUGUCAACCUGAAGCACAAGACCGGCGCCACGCAGGAGUACCCCAUCAAGCUCUUCUACACCUCGAACAUCCCCAUCAUCCUCCAGAGCGCCCUCGUCUCCAACCUCUUCUUCCUCUCCCAGAUGCUGCACUCCAAGUUCAGCAACAACUUCAUUGUGCGCCUGCUCGGCUCGUGGCAGGUGAACGAGUACUCCCGCGGCCAGUCCGUCCCCGUGGGCGGCUUCUGCUACUACCUCUCCCCACCGACCUCCUUUGAGCAGCUCACCGCAGACCCGCUGCACACCUUCCUCUACAUUGUCUUCAUGCUUGGCACGUGCGCCCUCUUCUCCCGCCUGUGGAUUGAGGUCUCUGGUGCGUCCACCGGCGACGUUGCCGACCGCCUCACCAAGCAGGGCUUCCACGUCCAGGGCUGGCGUCCCGAGAAGACCAAGGAGCGCCUCAGGUGGCACAUCACCACCGCUGCCGCUUUCGGUGGCCUCUGCAUUGGCGCCCUCUCCGUGUUUGCCGACUUCCUCGGCGCCAUUGGCUCCGGCACCGGUAUCCUCCUCGCCGUCUCCAUCAUCGACCAGAUGUUUGAGUCGCUUGGCGGUGACAAGUCCAGCCGCAAGAAGGCAAAGUCCAUCAAGGACGUUUUUUCCACCCUGCGACAGAUCUUCUAGAGAUGUGACCUCGAAAUGACCGGGGAGGGAAGACAAUGCUUGUGUUGUUGGGUUGUGACGUGUGUGGGAUCUGCUGGGUUUGGGCUGCGUGUGUUCCUGUGAACGUUCAUCCCUGUGUGCGCGCCUGACCCUGUGUGUAUGACUGGCUGUGCACUGUUAUUGCGUUCCAAUGUUCUGUGUGGUUGUGGGUGGUGGCGAGAGUGUGUGUGUGUAUGUGUGGUUCGUGCCCCUGUUGUUGUGCUUGCUUAAGCAUGAUGUGUGUACAUGUGUGUCGGUCGGUCUCUUCCGUUGGUUUCUUUCUGAGGCAGUGCAGUUCAUGUUCUCAGCUUGCACUGCACCCAAUACACAACAGAAGUGACAA